AUGUCCCCCCCGCCCCAGCGCUCCGAAGAGGGCGAAGACGAGCUCUCCCCGCCCGAGCUGCCUCCACCCCCGCCCCCGCUCGACGACGACCCCACCAGCGGCAUCACCCACAUCGACCCCAACGACCCCUACCCCCGCCGCCCCAUCAUCACCCCCAUCAACAAAUUCAACCUCCGCCCCCCGCCCUCCUCCGACGACGACGACGACCAAGCACGCUACUCCUUCUCCCCCAUCUCGGACGACGAUGAGGACAACUAUAGCAACUUUCCUCCCCUCACUUAUCCCCAGCCAGACGACCCGGUGGUGCAAGCGCUGGGGGUAGCAGCGUCUAGCGCGGCAAUCGCGAAUGGCCAUGAAGAGUUUAGCAUCUCGCACGAGGAUAUGCGGCGGUAUCGAACCGGGGCCUUUGUCAGGGUGUCGUGUGAUGUCGAAGGGCCGGUCAGCAAGGACGCUCUCAGCCAGAUGACGGUCAGCGAGGCGGUCUGGCGAAAGUGGGAAGAAGUGGGUGGGCUUGCGAAAGGUGCUGGAGGGCUGUUUCGCUUUGCGUAUGAUAAGGGUGGACGGGAGUACCGACCCGAAAUGACACAUAUCCAAGCCAUCCGCCUCGUCAUCUCAGCUUCCCCUCGCCGCAUGAUGACCCUCGCCCAAAUCUACCAAGCGAUCGAAGAACGUUGGCCAUGGCACAAGACAGCCGGGUCCACGUGGAAAAACUCUAUCCGGCAUAACCUCUCGCUCAACGACUGUUUCGUCAACGCCGACAGGCCCAAUCAUGAAGGCGGCAGCGGGAAAGGCGGUUACUGGGUCGUCAACGACAAGUUAUCAGGAAGGACAGCCCGCAAAGGCAAACCCCGCGCCCCCCAAUCCCACCAAGACGACCUCUACACCAUCACCCCCACCACCCCCCUCUCCCUCACUCCUCUCUCCACCACGCACUUUCCACACGGGUAUCCCAUCGACCCCAGUACGAUCCCUGCAGGAUACUCUCUCGACCGGCAGCAUGUUGGGCAGGUGCCACCGGGGUAUACGGUGGAUUAUAUGGGAAAGCUUGUGAAGGGUGUCAAGCAUCCGAAGAGGCGGUAUGCGCAGGAAGACGAUUCUUCUUCUUCUUCUUCCGACGACGACCUCCCUCCCCACGGCCAAUCCCCAAAAAAAUCAAAAUCCUCCCUCCCCCCUUCUUCUUCUUCCACAACAAUCUCCAAACGCAUCAAAAAAUACCGCGCCCGCAACUCUGUCUUCCCCUCCAUCCCCAUCGAGCUGCCCGUCAGAGGGCCAAAUUGGGAACCUCGCGAAAAGGUGCAUCGGCCGUUCGUAAGGCCGGAUUGGGAUAUGCCUCUGGAUAACCCAAGGGUGGGGGUAUGGAAUCAGAUACCUGUGGGUUUCGGGGAGUCCAGGGAGAGGGAAGCUGGGCGGGAUGGUGCUGAGGAAGGCGCAAGUCGGGACGCCGAACGCGGCCGAGCCGGAGGAGAAGGUAAAGAUGGACAAGGACGAGGAUGGACAUCCAACCAUCCCGUGCUCGAAACCCGUUCUUCCAAACACCACUCCGCCCCCUCCACCCACUCCACCCACCCUCCUCCCUCCCCCUCAUACCCCACCCCAAACACAUCGCACUUGCCGGCGCCUUUCCAACCACACCUCCUGCCUUCGCCGUUGGGGAGACAAGGGUCGGCGGCUUUGCCGCCUAUCACUAUUGGGGGCGGUGCUGCAGGGGGUGGUGCUGCAGGGGGUGGUGCUGCAGGGGGUGGAGGUGGAAGCGGGGGUGCGGGUGCGGGUGUUGGGUUGGGCAUGGGUUUGCCGGGGUGGGAUAGCGGCAUCCCCCAUACUACCGACUCGCCUGGCAGUACCGCUUCCCCCCCAAGAGGUUCCCCGACAAAAGGUAUCCCACCUCGUCCACACGCCCUCUCAAACUCAAACUCAACCUCCCCUCCUCGGGCAGGUGGCCCCCAAACACCCCUGACGCCCUCUCACCUCUUCCCUCCCUCCCUCUCAUCCAACGCCAAGACCCACCCUCCCCCGCUCUGCCUAUCCGUAUCCGUAUCCAUCUCCCCAAACCAACCCCACCCCCAAAACCAAAACCAAAACCAAUCCCUCCCCCCCCUAACAUCAGUCAUUUCCAAAGCCCACCGCGACCCCGCCUCAGCCCGUAGAAAGACGAAAGAAGAGCUCAGGGAGGAGAGGGAGAGGAAGGAGAGGAGGGUGGAGAGGUUGAGGAAGGAGGGGGUUGCUUUUCGGGUUGCUAAGGCUCAAGCUCAGGCUCAGGCUCAGGCUCAGGCUCAAGCCCAAUCUCAAGCUCAUGGUCAUGGUCAAGGUCAGGCUCAGUAUGUACCAGGGCAAGGACAGCAGAUCCAAGUGAGCAUGCGGGGACGAGAAGAACGACCAGGCCAAAGCGGGCAAGUGCAGAUGGACGGGCUGGACGGGAUGGAAGGGGUGGAAGGGGUGGAAGGGAUGGAAGCGGUGGAAGCGGUGGAAGGGAUGGACGGGGAGACGGAGAGGAGGAGGCAGAGGGAUGAACAGCUUGAUCGGGCAGCGGAGGGGGUGCAGGGGGUAGAGCUGCUGGCGUUGGCUGCUGCUGCUGAAGUGCGGGGGUAG